AUAUCAUAUGGCUAAUAUCCGCAUAUCUAGUUUUGAAUUCCCCCUAACUAUUGGGAAAAAGAGGUAUCUUUUUGCAAAUUUGGCCAAACUUGAAGGGCUUCUAGUAAUUUUGACGAAAGAGAUGCACCACAGGUUGCUCAGCUACAUAAAGCCGGUAGAUAAGGUCGCCCAGUGCACCAAAAGAUGGGACACUGCAUUUCAGGAACCUUAGCAUCUCCUCUCUCAACACACACCAAAUCACUCAAAUUCUCCAGAUACACGCUUUCUGCUUCCAUUCAAAGAAACCAUACCCCACCCCCACCGAUAGGGAAAAAGGUAGGAAGAAGGCUGAUACGAAUAUCAACAGCAGAAGGGAAGUGGCAAGGAAACUGGAAUGCUGACUAUAGCUUCUCACUUCGAGACCUACGUUUGCAAGAUCUAGUUGAAGUUGAUGAUCCUAAUGAUGCACGAGUCUUCGUGUCGCUAUCUAUUCAUAGGCAUGCAGGGUUUGGACUUUCAGUUGAUGGGACAAUUGACACGUCAUUUACCAGAAAGUGUAGCAACUGCUCUUCUCCUUAUUGCAGAAAGAUUACUUCCAGCUUCAAUGUGUGGAUUCUAUCAUCCAACAAAGAUGGUGACUCGAAUCAACUACCUGAAAUUGGCGGCGAUGAUCCAUCAGUGAUCUAUGUGAAGCCUGGAUGUGAAGCAGAUCUUGACACGUUAAUACAAGACAAUAUUAGGCUCACUACUUCUGUGAAUGAAACAUGUUCAGAUUUUUGUGAGAAAUCAGAACUCGGAUUAAAUAAUCUUAACAAGGCAAAGACUACAACUGUUGAUAAGAGGUGGUCCAAAUUAUUAGAGCUAAAAAAAUUGUAUCAAUAAAAACAUGAUAUGAUCUAUAUGAAGCCCAGAAAAUCUUUUCGAGCACUCCUGCAAACAGAAGAAGAAGAAGAAGAAAAUUGUAGCUCCAAAUUUUAGGCUGCAAUGUUGUCAUUUGUAAUUUUGUAUAUAUCUUCUGGGGUUAGCCCCUUUCAUCUUGUUUUCUAUAUCUGUAUGAUGUAUACACAAAAACAUUCUAUACAUAAUAAAUACUUAUAUAUCUGCUAAUCA